AGUCACAGUCCAGCUACCUACCUCUCGCAAUUCUUUGCUAAGCAACCAGGCCUCGAAAACUAUACUCCUUUCAACACCCUUUCCACCAUGGAGGAAGACCAUGAAGCGACCUACCGAAUCGGUCCUCAUGAAAUAUAACGAGAUCCGCCAUACUGCCUGUUACUCGAGAGGGAAAAUUGCUGACAUUUUGACCUGUGCAGCCUCACAACUCCAAGCACCUCGGCGGUUUCCCAGUGGGGAAUGAUUCACAACAGUAACUCAUUUGGAGCGCACCCUAUCACUAGCGAACUAUUUGAGAAUGCCAACGAAGAGCCCAUGAUAGAUCCAGCAGUACUAGGGGACACAUGGAGUCAAAUGAAGGCUUGGGCCACUUUAUGUGGCAUCAAAGAUGAUCCCAUAGCACCUGGUAUAGCUGAGAUGCUGGAAAUCGAGGAGCAAAAAAGUGGAGAUGGUGGCUUCUGUUGCUACGGGACUCCAUGCCGAAGUGAAGCUGGUUGGUAACCUGGCCGAGUCCAGAGACAGGCUUCUGAAUAACGAGCAUGUUCAGUCAUUUGCUGUCAUCAAAUACGACGACUACUUGAUGCGCAUAUUCUCAGAUAAUCACAUAUUCGCCCAGGUGAAUGAGGCUGUAUCACAAGCUCUCACUUCGCUGUUCAACAAGUUCAGGUUUUUCGAAGUGAAGGCGUUUUCCCAAAUAGGGAAAAUACAGAGCCUCUUUUACCAGUCACACACUCCUGGCCAGGCAAAGCUACGAGUGGACAUCAACAUAUAUGGAUCUGCUGCCGAUGCCGAUGCCGUAGGGCUUUAUCUCAGCAGCACUGCCAAGUUGUACCUUCAAGACCCCGAAUAUGACACCGAAAACAUCGAGUAUCUGAACAGGCAGUUGAUUCACUUCCCCGGUUUUGAAGAACCUAAAGUCUUUGCCGGGCCCAGGGCGGAUUUUGCUAACAAGACCAGCAAAACCUUGCAGGGUUUACCUCAACAGCAAUCUCGUCUCCACUACAUACAAUACGGUGGCGGUUAG